AUUAUUUCAGCUGCCGGCUCUCCAGUACCUUCACGUCAAUUCCCUCACAACUUCGUCAAAGUUCAUGAAGGUGCUGAACCAGAGAACAAGAAACCUUGGCUGGGACGCGUUUUGGACGGUCCAGUGGUUCUCUCUCCGGAUAAAUUCUACCAAGGAGUUAUGCCAACGAGUCUCAUGCAGUGUCAGUCACCGGUCCCUCAUCAUCCAACGCCGGAUACCAAACCACCGUCUCCUAUGCCGAAAGCAGCAUCGAAGUACUCGAAACGAAACUCGUUCAUUAAUCGUCUCGCCAGGGAAUCCUCUCCGGUAGAGAAUCAGGACUAUGCUCAAGACGAAAAGCCACAGCAGAUAGAACAACCAGAGAAGCCUGCCAGUGUGGAACAGUAUGAGAACCACAAUCAGUUACCGGAAGAAAGUGAAAAAGUGAAAAGUUGA